UCACUUUCUACUGCACUCUCUCUCUCUCACACACACAUCUACAGGAGACAGAGAGCCAACUGCCAUACCCAUCUCUAUCUCUCAUCACUCAUUUUAGCUUCCAUAUCAAGCUCUGUGUUUUCUCCAGUGAAAUCGUUCAUACCAUAUUUUGGGUCUUAUUUCUGGGAGCAAGAUUAAAGCUUUAAGUGCAGCAGCUUUUUCUAUGUUCAUGUAGAGUCAAUAAAGCAAAAGAUCUUUCGCAGAAGCGAAUGAGUGAAAAAGUUUCCAUCUUUGUCUACAAAUCGAGGGCAAUCUUGAUUUUCCAUUGAUGAUUCUGCGCGAAACCCAUGACGAAUUUCCAAUGGCUGAAGCAGAUAGCGAGCACGCAGACCAAGCUGGAGAGGAGGCUGUCGCUGGGGGAGUACAGGAGAGCGAUUUCAUGGUCGAAAUACCUGAUUUCCUCCGGAGCAGAGAUCAAGGGCGGAGGUGAGGAGGAAUGGAGCGCCGACAUGUCGCAGCUCUUCAUAGGCAACAAAUUUGCCUCUGGGAGGCACAGCAGGAUUUACAGAGGCGUCUACAAGCGCAGAGAUGUGGCGAUUAAGCUCAUCAGCCAGCCUCAGGAAGAUGGGGAUUUGGCUGCAUUUCUCGAGAAGCAGUUCACUUCUGAAGUUGCUCUCUUGUUCAGGCUCAGACACCCCAACAUCAUCUCUUUUAUUGCAGCAUGUAAGAAACCACCAGUGUUUUGUAUCAUCACAGAGUAUUAUCCGGGUGGUUCCCUCAGAAAAUACCUGCACCAGAAAGGACCGUAUUCGCUUCCUCACGACCUUGUGCUGAAGUUGUCGCUCGACAUUGCACACGGUAUGCAGUAUCUUCAUGCAAAGGGGAUUCUCCAUCGAGAUCUUAAAUCUGAGAAUCUUCUGCUUGAUGAGGAUAUGUGUGUCAAGGUAGCGGAUUUUGGUAUAUCGUGUCUGGAAACACAAUGUGGCAGUGCCAAGGGAUUCACAGGCACUUAUCGUUGGAUGGCUCCGGAAAUGAUCAAGGAGAAACACCACACGAAGAAGGUCGACGUUUACAGCUUUGGCAUUGUAAUGUGGGAGCUGCUAACCGCCUUGGUACCAUUCGACGACAUGACCCCAGAACAAGCCGCAUUUGCAGUGUGCCAAAAGAAUGCAAGGCCGCCACUGCCUUCUACGUGCCCUACAGCAUUCAGCCGUCUCAUCCGGCGUUGCUGGUCGGGCAAUCCAGACAAGCGGCCUCAUUUUGAUGAGAUUGUGAGCACGCUCGAGAGCUACACGGAGGCUCUAGCGCGAGACCCAGAAUUCUUUACCUCGCACGAGCCAUCGGAGGGAUACACCCUUGCAAGAUGCAUUCCGAAGUGCAUUGCCACUCGUCGAUACCCGUCACUAGGGACAUGAGGUCCUGGACGAUCAGGUCUGAUGCUAAAUGCACUGUAGUGGUUUUUCUCAUGUUAGGGAUGAGUUUGAUUUGUAAUUUGAGGUGCAAUUGAUGGCCUCAACAUCCAUUUAGCUUUUCCCUAAUUUUUCUUUCUUCUA